AGCAGAAGAAGACGACGAACGAGAGGAACUCGGCUACUGUUACUGCUACUGCUAUCCUCCAUCAUGUUAUGAUCACCAUGUCGGUGUAGGACCGAAACUAAACUCACAACCACCACCCUGUUCCGAAACGGAGUCUUUAAGAUGGCAGGCGAGGAGGAGAGGGGUGUGGUUCGUGUAAAAGUCAAGAAAUGUGAUGGGCUGUUUCCUGUGGAGUUUCGCUCUUUUGCCGUUGACCCUCAGAUAACAUCACUGGAGGUUCUGCAGCACAUACUCAUCAGAGCCUUUGAUUUGAAUGGGAAGCGGAAUUUUGGGAUCAGUUACCUGUCUCGAGAUCGGACUGGCGCUGAAAUGUAUCUUUCUCUGGUGUCUGACUGGGAUUUGGAUGUUGCAUUUGUGAGUGCGGCCAAACCAUAUCUACAGCUCAAGAUGGACAUAAAAGCUUCAGAAGACAGUCCUGUUAUGGAGGACUGGGACAUCAUAAGCCCCAAAGAUGUGAUAGGCUCUGAGCAGCUUCUCACAGAAAGGACUAGGUCUUUGGCAUCUGCAGCUCUUCCCUUCACACAGACUCUACUGUCCCAGGUGGGACGGACUCUGUCCAGAGUCCAGCAGGCCUUCAGCUGGUCUUAUGGGGAGGAAAUCAAGCCUUUCAAGCCUCCUCUGAGCGACGCAGAGUUUCACAAUUACCUUAAUGGACAGGGCCAGUUGACACGACCUGAGGAACUCAGACUGCGGAUCUACCAUGGUGGUGUAGAGCCUUCUCUGCGCAAGGUUGUUUGGAGAUACCUCCUGAAUGUCUACCCUGAUGGGCUGAGUGGACAGGAAAGAAUGGACUACAUGAAGAGAAAGACAAGGGAGUAUGACCAGCUGAAGAGAGAGUGGAUGGCCCGGGUUAGCCUUGAUGACCUUGACUUCAUUCGUGGGAAUGUUCUUAAAGAUGUCUUGAGGACUGACCGGGCUCAUCCGUACUAUGCAGGCUCAGAAGACAGUCCACAUUUGACCGCCCUCACAGACCUGCUCACCACAUUCGCCAUCACACAUCCUCAGAUAUCCUACUGUCAAGGCAUGAGUGACAUUGCCUCCCCUAUACUUGCAGUAAUGGACAAUGAGGCACAUGCCUUCAUUUGUUUUUGUGGCAUUAUGAAACGCUUGGAAGGGAACUUCAGGCCAGAUGGGCAGCUCAUGUCUAUUAAGUUCCAGCAUUUAAAACUGCUUCUGCAAUACUCAGAUCCUGAAUUUUACUCUUACCUGGUGUCCCGAGGAGCUGACGACCUUUUCUUUUGUUACCGCUGGCUGCUUCUGGAGCUCAAGCGAGAGUUUGCAUUUGAUGAUGCUUUGAGGAUGCUGGAGGUCACUUGGAGCUCCCUGCCCCCAGAUCCUCCUGAAACUGAAGUGGAGCUUCUGGGACUACCACUGGAGACAAAUGAAACCAUGUCCUGUAGAGGCAAGAGCAAUACAGUUGAGAAUUGCCUCAGGGAUGAUAAAGAGGAAGAAGAGAAACAGCGUAGACGACAUAUGUUGAGGCCUUCAAGAGAAGAAUCAGAUGUGAGCAGGAAUGUUGUCAUUAAAGAAAAAGAUACAAGCGCUGGAAAAGGAAGCAAGGGCAGUGAAUGUGAUAUUCCUCAAGUCAUCCUGGAAAAGGCAGAUGUGCUGGUUCCUCAUUUUGAGAGGCAAACUAGUUUUGGGGAGUUUAAAUACUAUACUGCCCGAAAUGAUGAUAGCUUUGAUAUGGAGGAUGCUGACCAACCACAGAGCAUAGUGGUUUCAAAGUCAGUAACAGGCAUCCCAAGGCGCCAGUCCACAGUUGACAGUGAGGAGGACCCAGGAGAGAAAACACCUCUUAUAAAAAACUGUGGUACUGCUUUCUCUCCAGUAUCAUCACCUCCUCUCUUUCCCAGUGGCCUACCAACCUUGAAAACAGGCGUCUCAGUCUCUCCCACAUCUUCAGCUUCACCCUCCAGCUGGCCAGGUGCUUCUCCAGACUCCACCCCAAAAUCUCCAUCCAAAACCAAUGGAAGAGAGGCCUUCCCAACUGUCCCAAAGGUAUUGACCUCCUCUGCACAGGUGCUCAGCAGUACAGGGAUGAACUCACCCACGACCCCCACUGUAAAAACAUCUGUUGCAUCUCCCUCCCACACUCAGAAUCGAUCCCUGAUAUCUUCACCCAUUCUGUCCUUUGGAAGAGGUCCCUCACUAUCUGGCAGCAGGUCAUCCUCCAACAAUCCUUCUUCACCGGGCAACAAAUCUCCCAGCACCACAGCUAACACACCAAGUUCUUCGAAAGCUGAGACCACCAGCAUCAAACCGUGUUCCCUGCCACCUCCUCAGGAGUUCGGCAAAGGCAAUCCCUUCAUGCUGUUUCUGUGCCUGUCCAUCCUGCUGGAGCACCGAGACCACAUUAUCAAAAACAGUUUGGAUUACAAUGAGCUAGCCAUGCACUUUGAUCGCCUCGUGCGGCGCCACAACCUAAGUAGGGUGCUGCAGCGGGCCAAGGCCUUAUUUGCAGAAUACUUGCAGAGUGAAGUAUGGGACUCUGAAGAAGGGGAUGAGGUUAGCUCGGACUCCCCAACAUUGGCUAAUGUUGCUCAACACUCCCCGACUUCAGCCAUCUCUGCCAGGCCCAUUUAUAGCCCUUUAGCAUCUCCCCAGUCAUCAUCUCCGAACUCAACCUAUAACCUCGCAACCACCAUUCCCUCCCCAGCAGCUCAAGUUUCUGUUUCUCCCAUUUCAUGAUUCCAUCAUUUAUGAAUGGCUUUUAAUUCUCUGUGAACUCCUCGGUAGACUAUUUGUGGCCCAUUGGAGGUAUCAGUCUUUUUAGACAGGCUCCCACAUUAAAUUGGGCUGUUAAUAUCUUCUCAUUCUGCAUAUGCUUGAAUACAUAUUUAUGUCUGUAAUCAUUGUAAUAUUUAAUUUUCAACCUUUCAAUGUAUGCUUUUUGUCUCCUGUCCUCUGAAGCUGCUGAGGCGUGAAAUGUAAACCAGGUGGUUGCCAGAACCAUCCAAAUUUAAACACCAGGUGCAUUUAGCCUGCGUUGUUGUCUGAACACUCCCUGAGAAAAUAACCCUAUCAGUGUCCGAGUCUCAGCUUGAGCUUGGAGACCACAGAGUUCUAACAGAAAGGAGUGCAGUGUUUGAAAGACGUGGGCAUUUACCAUACAGAAAGGGUCUAACAAGAGGUCCAUGGGAUAUGGAAGAUGUUUUUGAAGCUAGCCAUAAUUAGUGAUUUUACGGUCACUGCUGCGUCUACUACUUCAGUGAAGUACCACCAAACCUAAGAUGCAUUUCCUAUAACUGUUCUGUUGGUUAGUGUUGUCAUUUGUAUUUUUCCCUUUACUAUUCAAAAGUGCUAUCUAUUGUCUGGAACUGGUGGCAUCGUCUUACACCAUGAGAUGGGUCUGAACAUAGUAAUGUUGCAGUGGCUGACACAUUCCACCCCUUAAAUAUUCCCAUUCAGAUUAUUUAUGUUUUUGCUGUAGAUGAGCCAGUUUAUUCAUCUGUCUUUUUUGUUUUCAUCUAUAUUCAAACUUGCAGCAUCAGAGAUUUUGGGUUAGUGCAAAGAGUAUGUAUCAUAUUCACAGAGGUUUUAAUGUUAGUAGUUUUUGUUUUAAUUGAUUUUUGUUUUGUUUGUUUUUACAACUUUGAAUGUGACUCCAGCCAAUCACCAUAGAGAGUCUGACACCUGAUGAGGUUACAUACACUGACCGGCCACUUCAUACAAUCCAGUGUGAUUCAGUACGACAACUCUGUCAUGAAUUCUGCUUUUAUGAGGCUUCUAAUUUCUGUUGGUUGGUCUGUUUUUGUUGAUAGUGUUAUCAUAGUUGGGCAGCUGUGGCUUAGAUGAUCAGUGACCGGUGAUCAGUGACCGUAAAAUCACUAAUUAUGGCUAGGUCGGAGGUUCGAUCCCCGGCUCCUCCAGUCUGCAUGUCGAAGUGUCCUUGGGCAAAGAUACUGAACCCCAAAUUGCUCCUGAAGGCUGUGCCAUCGGUGUGUGAAUGUGUUAAUGGUGCGUGAAUGGUUAGCUCCUAUAACUGAUGAGCAUGUAGUGUAAAAGUGGUCAGAAGUCUAGAAAGGGGAUUUAUAAGUACAGUCCAUUUACCAUUUACUGUCCGAGAGGUAAUAAUUCCACUUUAUGUACAUACAUACAUGUCUGUAUUGAGGUCUUAGUGGGUGCUGUUGUUGUACAGAAGUUCAUUAUAUUGAAAGAUGUUUCUAAUAUUGUGGCCCUCUCAUAUGUGAAUGGGGUGGCCAAAAUGUUAUUAACACCUUUCAACAUAAUGCAGUCCAGUUUAACACUGCAAACUACAACCUCAACAGUAAACACAAUUAAUUAAACUAACUAAUUAAACUAGUUAAAUGAAUACUUCUCUGACAGUGUCAACAAAAACUUAAAUAUUAUGAGCCUCUUAAAAGUAGAAUUUCUAGCAGAGUUGUUGUAAUGGAUCACAUUGGAUUGUACACGUGGCCGGUCAGUGUAUGUGUUCAGUUAUUCAUGAUAUACAGUCUUGAGCCAAAUCAUUGGUACAAGGGUCUCUGUGCUUAAAUCAGGACAGCUUUUUAUUUUGUAUUGAUGACAUCACAAUAAUGUCAUCUAACCGUGAAACAUGAAAAUAUAUAGAUGCAAUACUGUAGAGAUCAGUUUGGUGUUGAUCUACAUUGUAUAAAUCCCAUUUUGUUGAUACGCUAUGUGCUACAACAUUAUUCAAGUAAGUACAGUACAUUAUUAAAUGCUGCUGUGGGUCAUUGUGUAUCAUUGUGUUUCCCAAAGUCUUUUUUCAAUAUUUUCUGUAUUAUGAUUUCAAAGAAACCAUGAAAAUAUUUGUCUAAAUCAGACUGAAGGUGUCACAUAUUUUGAUAUUUGCUUUACGUGGUUGCUGAUAAGACAGUUGCCACUAUUCAGUGUGAUCAACAUAAAGUGGAAUGUGGAAGUGGACUGUCAAAAAUAUAACAUGAUUCCCCAAAUAGUUGUCACACUGUGUAAUUGUAAAUAGAAACAAAAUGUGGUGAUGUGUAAAACACUGAAAUCCCAUAUUAAAAUUGAAAUGACAAUGUUGAACCUGAGAAAUGUUAUUGUUUUUGUAAAAUGAUAUGCACAUUUUUAUUUUAAUGCCAUCGACAAAAGUUGGAACAGAGUCAUGUUUAUCACAGGCAUAUGUGCAGGUUACCUAUCAUGCCAUGUGUACAAAUGCAUCCCCAUACCAUCACUGACGAUGAUAACAAGCCAGAUAGUACCUCUCCUCUUUAGCCCGUAGGACGCUGCAGCCAAGAUUUCCAAACACAAUUUGACAGGACAGUUUUCCACUUUGCCUUAAAUGUGCCUGGGCCUACAAAAGUUUAUAUAUAGCUUUCUCUGUACAGCUUCAACUUUCAUUUGUGGAUGCAAUAAUGACCUGUGUUCACAGACGACAGUUUUUGGAAGCGUUCCUCUGCCCAUGCAGUGAUGUCCAUGACAGAAUUAUGUCUGUGUUUGAUGCUCUGCCAUCUGAGGGCCUGAAGAUCACAGCCAUCGGUGGUUGGCCUUGUCCCAUGUGUACAGAGAUUUCUUGUGGAGAAUGGUGACCCUUCUCCAUAUUUACUUUUCUUUUGUUGCCACUGUCCAACUUUUUACAAAUAUGUUGCUGGCUUUAAAUUCAGAAUGAGCAAAUUAUUUUUCAAAAACAAUAAACAUUCUCUGUUUCAACAUUAGAUAAGUUGUCUUUGUGCAAUUUUCAAUUAAAUAUGGGGUUUCAUUGUUUUGCAUGUCAUCACAUUUUAAACAGGGUUGUAGCCUGCAAGAUUUUUCAAGGUGCCUCACUUUGACUCAACAGCCUUGAAUUCUAAUUCCUUUUGAGCUCGCUUUGAGGCCAGUUUAUGAAUUAUUUACAGAACAUGGCAGAAAUGGAAAAUAAUAUUCAGAUAUAUGGUUUCAUUAAUGUAUGAUUGCCUGAAAAUGAGAAUUGUUUUGUUUUUAUUACUUCAGAUUGAGUCCUUUUUCAUCUACAGAGGGAGCGGUGUCCAUCAUAUAUAAACAAGCAUGUGUCUACAGUAGCCCAAAAUGGACAAACCAACCAUUGACAGUCAUUACCAUCUAGCAGUGUAGUUGCUGACUGCAGUCACCUUGUUUCACCCUCUUUUUCCUGGUGUGACGGAGAAAGGAAGAGGACCCAUGGCAUCUGUAGAUAUAAAAGGCUUAUUCUAAAGUAAAAAAAAACAUAAUGAUUCUAAUUUUUCAGGUAAUUUCACCCUGAUGAAAACAUAUGCAUAUUGCAUAUUAUAUUCCAAAUUUUACACACAGGGUGCUCAAUCUGUAGCCUCAGUACAUUGCACACACAGCAGAGGCAGAGCACCCUCUCCCUGCUCAUUGUUGAUGUGUGGGAAUUUGAGGCCACCAGACAGAAGUCAGGGCCCAAUCUUAAAAUGAUCCAUUUCAUCCUUUGUUUUUUUUAAACAUUGUUUACCUGUAUUUUCUUCUCUUUUUUGAGUGGCAUGUAUUAUAUAUUCGCAGUAGUCUGUAAUGCAGAAGGCAGGAUAUCCCUCUUUGAUGGUUCUGUUUAAUGCAAAAACUAAUUCUGAACUAUUCAUUCAGAAUACUAAGUGAUUUUGGUGUCUUUAGGAGGACCUUGUGAUUAUUGUGGUUAUUAUAUUGGUUAUUAUAGCAUAUAUAAAAAGAAAUGAAGUAACUGGACUGGCUGAACUAUGUGCAUUUGUAAGAAAAAAAAUUGUUUAUCUCAUGAAAUGAAAAGUUAAUCCUUUUAAUCAGACAACACACAACAAUGUUACUGUAUAGUGGACACAAAUAAAUAAUCAGUGCAACUGGA